AUGGAGAAUAUCGUUGGAUGUCGCAAUUUGUAUCACUACUUCGAUUUUGUCAUAGCGCUUCCGUUUGAGUUUUUUUCUUCCGUUAUAUCAGAUAAACAUAUAUAUUUGACCAUGCAAAUUCUUCUUAUCUCUUGUAUUCCCUUCAUUCUUGCCUGCUUACUUCUUUUAAAUUCACUAUUUUCUUCUUCAAAAUCACAUAAAAAUCAACCACCAUGUCCCCCAAAGUUACCAAUAAUUGGAAACCUUCACCAACUAGGCUCGAGCCCCCACCGUGCCCUAAAGGCCAUGGCCCAAAUCUACGGUCCACUGAUGAUGAUUCGCCUUGGCACCAUCCAAGUACUUGUAGCGUCGUCUGUUGAUGCAGCUCAAGAGAUCAUGAAAACCCAUGACUUAAUCUUUGCAAACAGACCAAAAUUAAACAUCCCUAGUAGACUUACUUAUGGGUCCAAGGACAUAGCAUUUUCGCAAUAUGGAGAGUACUGGAGGCAGAUGAAGAGUAUUGCGGUACUCCAUCUUUUAAACAACAAAAGGGUUCACUCGUAUCGACAAGUAAGAGAAGAUGAGAUGGCUCUUAUGAUUACGAAGAUUAUUCAUCAUGAGGUGGUAAUUAAUCUGAGCGAGUUGCUUAUUUCAUUUACGAAUAAUGUGAUUUGUAGGGUGGCCUUUGGGAAAACAUAUAAUGAAAGCAGGAAGUUCAAGGAUUUAUUAGAAAGGUUUCUAGAGUUGUUGGGGUGUUUUAGUGUCGGGAGUUAUAUUCCAUCGUUAGCAUGGGUGGAUCGGUUGAGUGGAUUAGAGCGAAGAGCUGACCAAGUUGCCAAAGAAUUUGAUGAGUUCCUUGAGGGCGUUAUUAACGAACAUAUGAUUAGCAAGAAAGGGGUCGUUGUUGGUGUUGAAGGCCAAGAUGACUUUGUUGAUAUCUUAUUGGAAAUUCAAAGAGAUAAUGCAACAGGUUUUCGUAUUGAACGAGAUAUGAUUAAGGCUGUCAUCUUGGACAUGUUUGCUGCUGGGACUGAUACUACAUUCACAAAUCUAGAGUGGGCUAUCUCCGAGCUAUUAAGACACCCACGGGCAAUGAAAAAACUUCAACAAGAGGUCCGAGAAAUAGGCCAAGGAAGAUCAAUGGUCACAGAAGAUGACUUGGACAAAAUGGUUUACCUGAAAGCCGUCCUCAAAGAAACUCUACGGCUACACACCCCGAUACCAUUACUUGUUAUACGCGAAUCAACACAAGAUGUCAAUGUACUAGGUUAUGAUAUCCCAUCCGGCACACAAGUGAUCAUUAACGCAUGGGCAAUAGCAAGAGAUCCCUCAAUUUGGGAAGAACCCGAAGAGUUCAAGCCAGAUAGGUUCUUGAACAGUUCUACUGAUUAUAAAGGGUUGCAUUUUGAGUUUACACCUUUUGGAGCCGGACGAAGGGGGUGUCCGGCUAUUCAGUUUGCAAUGAUUAUUAAUGAGCUUGUUUUGGCAAAUUUGGUGUAUAAGUUUGAUUUUGCAUUACCACCUGAAGAUGGAGGUUUGGACAUGAGUGAGACCAUUGGUCUUACGGUUCAUAAAAAGCGUCCUAUACUUGUUGCACCUACUCUUUACAAUUAGUAAUAGUACGUACAAUUGUUGCAAGGGUUUGUUUUAUUACUUGAUAAUCGUGUUUGAAUCUACAUAAAAGUGCGUUGAAACGAUAUGUAUGUAUUUUUUUAUAAACAAUCUUAAUAACUUUUGAGAUUUUA